AAUACCUAUGUGCUGCUCAUCAGAAUGACUCUGCCUAUGACAGCCCAGAUCCUGAAGCUGAAUGCAGCCCUAAUACCUCUCAGUUGGAGCAGCCCAAAGGGAGGAGCACUAGUGUUAGCAGAAGAUACCCAACACACACCUCUGGUUCUUCACUGACUAAUUUCAGAGAUGACAUCAGCAUGAUGGACAGGAGGUACUCAGAACCAGACCUGUCCUUCCAGAGGUGCCUUGAAGGCAGGAUAAGGAAUCAGAAGCUAAACAAAAGUGAGGACAAUUUUCCAGUUCAGCAGAAACAGCUAGGUUUGGAGACACUGGAGAAACGCCUUGCAAUCUUACCUUCACAAUUAUCAACUGACUCUCUACCAAAUACAUCCUCCAGUUGCUCCCUGGAGAGCUCUGAUGGCUCAGUUUUCACCAGCUCCCCAGUAGUUUCACCCUCUAGUCCCAAAAGAACCUUUCUAAAUAGGCCGCAGUCCUUCUCCACCAAGGCCACUGAAGACUGCAGUAUGCCUAGCAGAGAGAUCAAAAAGCAUUCCAUGUCAUUCUCUUUUGCAAACCGCAGGAAAACACUAAUAAAAACCCAGAGUUGGGGGCCUGGAAAAAACAUGUUUUUUCAGAGAGACGGUUUCACAAAGAAAGAACAGUUCUCCUGCAGGGUUGUCCAGGAGAACAGCCCUGACGAUGACAAACCAUUGCCUGUGGAGCACCAGCCAAGGCCCCGUUUCAGGUCAGUUGAUGAAGUGUUCAGAGAGGUAGACCAGAGGAAUCCUGGAAGACCACCCUCUUAUGAAGAGGCUACUAAAAACUGCCUGGCCACUAAGGUUCCCUUCCACAAUCUUACGGUUCAAACUAUGAGACUAAAAAUGUCAAACCAGGACACUUUGCUGCCUCAUCCAAGCAGCAGCUGUGCCCAGGACGCAGCAUGUAUGUCUUUAAGGGAACUACCCCGUGACAGAGUUUCUGCAGUGAAGAAUUCUGACGUGGAAACUGAAACCAUCAGCGUCACUGUGGGAAUAAAUUCCCGUGUGAGUUUACCUGUGACCCCGGGAGUCUACCGAUUGAGAGCCAUGUCUGAGUCCUGUCAAAAGAACAAACUGGAGUACGUGGCUCGGAGGUGCAGCCAGCCAGUUUUUGAGGUAGACCAGAUCCAGUAUGCCAAGGAAUCCUACGUUUAA